AUGUGGCGACACAAAGCAGAGGACCAAGCACCCCAUCAAACCAAUGACCAACAACAUCUUCGAACACCAAGCCAAACUCAAUACCAUCACAACCCACAACAUGUCACAUUACAUUCAAGAGUGACCAACAACAAUAACCUCUAUCAACAACCACAACAAUUAACAACCACCGAUUCAGCAUCCCUCUACCUAGAGGCAAGCAAGCCAUCACUGCAGGCAUCAUCGAAUCGUGCUUCCGUGAGCAAUCCAAUUUCUCCUUCCCAUACUAUCUCCUCUAGGGCUAUGGAACAUCACCACUCAAGCCAAUAUUCCACACCACCAAUAUUUACCACGUAUUCACAACAACAACAAGCUUACCAACAUCCUCCUGUCCUUCCGCCAAUAAGUACGCUUACCUCCUACCUGCCAUCUUCUUCACACGACCAACAUGUAUUUGCAACAACAAAUCCGCUCUAUGGCUAUACGAAGGAUGAAGAUGAGGUGCCGUCAACACUAUCACACAGCUCUUCAUUGAUACGAAAGACUCCUCCACUGGAGAUGCAUCAAGACCUUCUUUCGGCCCAACAUGGAGUGUCAACCAGAAACCAAUUUAAGACAUCACAAAGUGCUAUUGCAAGAAAUAUGGCUAUGCCGUCGUCAUCCUUCCAACAACCACAACAUGCCACCCAUGUCGCAACACCAUCACAACCCCUCAUGGUUGUAUACAAUGGACAACAACAUUUCCAAUCCACAACUACAGAUAACGUGGCCAUUGAGCAGCCACAGCAAUGGUAUGACCAUAUAUCGACUCAUGAGUUAGUACAUAGUAGUACAAGCAGUACUCCGCCGCCAUCAUUAAUUCCUUCACAACAAACAUUAAUCAUUGAGAGCACAACAAAAACUUUAGAUUUUAACAAUAGUAGUCACAACAUGGAUCCAUCCAUUACAGAUACAAAUGCAUCGUUGUAUGCCACAUUUUCAUUGAAACAUACAUGCAGCGAUACAUCCACGCAUGUACAGUCAACAUCAAAAACGCGUCACAAAUCGAAGAGGAAAAGCACGUCCACACUCACAAACAUUUCAUCCUCUAUUCCACAAACAAAUUGGACUUUUCAUCGAGCACAUACCGAUUCUGAGGCGUCAUUUACCCUAAACACCGACCCAAAUUUCACGGCACCUAUUUCAAAAUCUCAGGAAAGAAUCAGCGUUGCAUGCACCGAGUGCCGAAAAGCCAAAAAACGAUGCAGUGGUGGAAGACCAUGUGAUAGAUGCGUUUCCAUGGGAAAACAGUGCAAAGAUGAACAUACAGGUAAAAAACGAGGAAGAAAAAAGAAAGAUCUCUCCGAAAGUGCAGACGAGAAAAAUUCAAUGAGUGACAGCAAUAGAAAACAUGUGAAAACAAGUGAUUCAAGUAUUGGAACGGAGUCUUUAUCUUCAGAGACUACCUCAAGCAAAACUGAUACCACAUCUCCACUCGAAUCCAAGAUUUCAAAUUUUGAAAACCAAGAACGUUCUUGGUUUCAGUUACCACAAAAUUCAGAAGGUGAAGAAGAGGUUCCAAGAAAUUUGAGCAAAUGA